GUUGUGAUUGCAAAUUAAACCAACCGAAAAUGGCUCCCGAGAUUGUCAAGUCAACAGCCGGAAACGCGGCGGCGCCGGUGGUUGGCGCUUCUAAGCAUGCCUACGUGACUUUCUUGGCCGGCGCCGGUGACUAUGUGAAAGGCGUCGUUGGGUUGGCUAAGGGUUUGAGGAAAGUCGGCGCUGCUUUCCCGCUUGUGGUGGCGAUCCUGGCCGACGUGCCGGUGGAGCACCGCCGCAUCCUGGUGGAGCAGGGAUGUGUACUCCGUGAGAUCGAGGCCGCGUUCCCGUGUGCCGGUGCCGAUCAGAACCACGCAUAUGUUAGGAAUUAUUUCCUUCUCAACUACUGCAAGCUUCGCCUUUGGGAGUUUGUGGAGUAUGAGAGAAUGAUAUACAUGGAUGCGGAUGUGCAAGUGUUUGAUAAUGUAGAUCACCUAUUUGAGCUUCCGAGUGGGUAUUUCUAUGGGGUGGUGGAUUGCGUGUGUGAGAUGUCCGGCGAUGUCUGCCCACAGAAGCUUCGAUGGCCGCACGAACUCGGCCCUCAGCCUCCUUUCUACCUCAAUGGUGGCAUGUUUGUUUUCCAGCCUGAUCUCACCACCUAUCAUCAUCUCAUUCACACCCUCAGCAUCACUCCUCCCACCCCUUUUGCUGAGCAGGAUUUCCUAAACAUGUUCUUCAGAGAAAAGAUGAAGGCAAUUUCUCCGGAAUACAAUCUAUUGGUGGCGAUGUUGUGGCGACACCCUGAAGCUGUCGACGUCGAGAAGGCGAAGGUGGUUCACUACUGCGUGGCCGGGUCGAAGCCAUGGAGAUUCACGGGCGAGGAAGAGAAUAUGGAAAGAGAAGACAUGAAGAUGCUAGUGAACAAGUGGUGGGAUAUAUACAACGAUGCAUCCUUGGAUUUCAAUGUAGCCCAACGCUUAACUAAGGGUUUGCCGUUGUCACGGGAGGUGGUGGUUCACUAUAGGUCUGCUUCAUCUGCGGCGUGA